AAGGAACGGGACAACUACAAUGACCACAACUAAAUAUUGCAUUCCUGCAUUCAAUAGCGUGUGCUACUGCCCCCUCUGGCCGGGGCUUGUAAUAACACCAUAUUGUGCCACUGAGAGAUCCAGUACGGGGCCUGUGAGCGCUACAACCCGGGAUUGGGCGGAGCUAACGCCUCAGAGCCAAAGCGCGCCACCGAGCGGCUACAGUAAAGCACGACACUGGGCCACGAUAACGCGCAAACAGAGGCGCGCUUGGAGGCGGGGACGCGAGCAGCAACCUCGUUUCCACCCCCGGAGGCUGCCGAUUGGCUGUAACGCUGCACGUGAUCCGUUUAGAGAAGUGCCGGAAACUACAUUUCCCAGAAGGCAGAGGGCUCGGUUGCCAUGGCGAGCAUAGGAAGCUUUCUGGCUGUGUCUUAGCAACGGGUUAUACAAAGAUGGCGGCAGAGCAGCCCUCAGCCAGAGAAGCAGGAGGUGACCCGGCACAGGAGGAAGAAGAGUCCCAUGUAGCAGAGGAAGGGGACUCCAUAAGAGACGCACAUCUCAUUGAAGCAGAUACCACUGACCCGCUUGAUAUGGAGAAGGACACUGACCCAGCCGAUCCCCAGGAACCAAGGCCAACAGUAAAGGGAGGGGUCAGCAUGUUACCGGAGCCUUCUGUUGGGGGAGAGGAGACUGCUGGGGCAUUGGGGGCAGAGGCAAAUGCUGAGGAACAAAACAGGGAUACAACAACAGUGCCCCCUGUUGGAAACAAUGAACAAACCCUGGAAUCUGAGUCAGAUGUUGCACUAAACAUGGUAACAGAUCCCACGACUGGGCACAGUUUAGAGGAACAGAACCCUGGAGAUGAUGAAGAAAUGGAACGGGCCAUGGACGAUGCUAAAGAGCUGGAGAAGAGCAUCAGGGAUGAGGAAGGGACAGAGGAGGUGGGAAAAACCAACAAACAGGAGGUUGAGGAAAAUAUACCAACCCAAGAGAAGCCACCAUCCAAUGCAGAGGUGGAAGAGAACCCACCAUCUCAUGAAAGAGUGAAUAGGAACAUGGCUGGUAUUAAUGGGGCAGAAGGGAACAUGGCUGGGAUUGAUGGGGCAGAAGGGAACAUGGCUGGGAUUGAUGGGGCAGAAGGGAACUUGGCUGGGAUUGAUGGGGCAGAAGGGAACUUGGCUGGGAUUGAUGGGGCAGAAGGGAACUUGGCUGGUAUAGAUGAGGCAGAAGGGAACAUGGCUGGUAGUGAUGGGGCAGAAGGGAACAUGGCUGGUAUAGAUGAGGCAGAAGGCAACUUGACUGGUAGUGAUGGGGCAGAAGGGAACAUGGCUGGUAGUGAUGGGGCAGAAGGGAACAUGGCUGGUAUAGAUGAGGCAGAAGGCAACUUGACUGGUAGGGAUGGGGCAGAAGGGAACAUGGCUGACAGUGAUGGGGCAGAAGGGAACAUGGCUGACAGUGAUGGGGCAGAAGGGAACGUAGCUGGUAGUGAUGGGGCAGAACAGAACAUGGCUGACAGUGAUGGGGCAGAAGGGAAUAUGGCUGACAGUGAUGGGGCAGAAGGGAAUAUGGCUGACAGUGAUGGGGCAGAAAGGAAUAUGGCUGACAGUGAUGGGGCAGAAGAGAACAUGGCUGUUAAUGGUGAGGCAGAAGGGAAUAUGGCUGACAGUGAUGGGGCAGAAGGGAAUAUGGCUGACAGUGAUGGGGCAGAAAGGAAUAUGGCUGUUAAUGGUGAGGCAGAAGGGAAUAUGGCUGACAGUGAUGGGGCAGAAGGGAAUAUGGCUGACAGUGAUGGGGCAGAAGGGAAUAUGGCUGACCGUGAUGGGGCAGAAGGGAAUAUGGCUGACAGUGAUGGGGCAGAAAGGAAUAUGGCUGACAGUGAUGGGGCAGAAGAGAACAUGGCUGUUAAUGGUGAGGCAGAAGGGAAUAUGGUGGAUACUGAGGGGAUAGCAGGGAACAUUCAGGUGGAGCAGAAGAUUGCCGAUGAUACAGAGGUGGAGCCACAUUUGGGCGCUGUAAGAGAAGUGGAAGAGAAGAUGGCGGCUGCUGCAGAGCUGGAACAGAAUGUCCAAUUAACUUCACACUUUGAAGAAACAGAUCAAGAGGGGAAACAGGACAUGGAAGCUGCUGAGAGAGGCCCUGAGCCUGAGGCCGAGCAGGAAGAACUGGACCAAAGGGCAGAACCGCCGGCAGACCCAGAGCAAGAACAAGGGGAGCCCAUACAUAAAAUCCCUGAAGAUUUCUACUAUGAGUAUGAAAGCCUGCGCUCCGGGCCGUACGUCACCCCCAAUUCGGGAAUUCCGAGCGGCGUUCUCCAGCUGCUACACUCCUUUGGCUACGACUGCACCAAACGGGCAAACCUCCAUUUACUGGAUAACCAGACCUUGCUCUACGUGGCAGGAACCACGUGUGUCAUCCUCAGCGUGAAAACUCAGGAACAGCGAUACGUGCGGAGCAGCAGCGGGGCAGGAAUUGGCGCUGUCACCGUGCACCCCAGAAAGGCAUAUUUUGCUGUUGCAGAGAAAGGGAAUGCGCCGAACAUUAUCAUUUACGGAUACCCCUCGCUGAAACCAUACAGGAUCCUGAGAGGGGGCACGGAGGAGGCUUACGCAUUUGUUGACUUUAAUGUUUCGGGGACCCUCCUGGCCAGCGUGGGCAGCAGCCCCGAUUACACACUCACCAUCUGGGACUGGAGACAGGAGAACAUCAUGCUGCGCUCAAAGGCUUUCUCCCAAGAUGUCUUCCAGGUCACCUUCUCCGCAGAGAACGAGGAGCAGCUCACCACGUGUGGUACCGGCCACAUCAAGUUUUGGAAAAUGGCGUCCACCUUCACAGGGCUGAAGCUGCAGGGAGAGCUGGGAAGGUUUGGGAAGACAGGACUUUCGGACAUCGAGGGCUACGUGGAGCUUCCAGAUGGGAAGGUGAUCUCAGGCUCGGAGUGGGGAAACAUGCUUCUAUGGGAAGGGGGCCUCAUCAAGGUGGAGCUGUGUCGGAAAGGGGGCCGAUCCUGCCACAACGGACCCAUUAACCAGUUUGUGCUGGAUGAGGGGGAGCUGAUUACCAUCGGAUCGGAUGGGUUUGUCCGGGUGUGGGACUUUGAGAUGGUGGAUACAGCGGACACUGUGGAUGAUUCCGGACUUCUAGAGAUGGAACCCAUGAAUGAGCUUCUGGUUGGCAGGAACGUCAAUCUGCGCUUUAUGGUGAAGGCAACGGACACGGAGGCCCCGCUUUGGUUCGCUCAGGAUGCCAACGGAGCCAUCUGGAAGCUGGAUCUCUCCUUCUCCAAUAUAACGCAAGACCCCGAGUGCUUGUUCUCCUUCCAUGCUGGCAACAUCAAAGCCUUGGAUGCCUCUCCCUCCACCUACCUGAUGGCCACAACAUCCCUGGACAGGUCCGUGCGCAUUUAUGAUUUUAUUGGAAAGUAUCCCCUGGUUGAGAUGAAAUUCAAGCAAGGCGGCACCUCCCUGGUUUGGGCCCCUCGUAUGGUCAAUCCCAAGGGGGGCUUAUUCGCGGUGGGAUUUGAUGAUGGAGUCGUACGUAUCCUGGAAGUCCAUAGCUCGCUUGGUUCUAGAAUCGUGGCUGGGCGCCCGGGCAAGCAGGAAGCGGAGCUGAACCUGAAGCAAGCGUUCAAGCCCCACAGGGCGCCUGUGACUGCGCUCACGUACGAGCGUAACGGAGAGAUUCUCGCCACUGGGAGUAUGGACAGAACCGUCUUCUUCUUCACUGUUGGGGACAGUUAUGAGCCCAUUGGGUUUGUACGUGUGCCGGGACCAGUUAGGGAGCUCCAUUGGACUCCUCCAUCCCAUGAAGAGAGCCAUCUGUUGGUGCUGUGUGAGAAUGGAUUCGCUGUACAAAUCCCAGCCCCUUCUGCUGAGAAGCGAGACCCCCUCUCUACCUUUGAGAUCCCCGAUGUUCCCCUAAAGUAUUUCAGGUUCAGUAGCAUCAAAUCGAAGCUCCAGCGAGAGGAGGAGAUUGGCCGCAGGCAGAAGCAGAAGGAGCAGAAACUGAAGGAGCGAGAGGCCUGGAUAAAGAAACAGAAGGAGCAGGGGGUGGAGCUUACAGAGGAUGAUCUGCAGGGGUUGGCCGAGGAAGAAGAGGAGGAGCCACUGCCCCCACUUUAUGUUCCCAAAGACCCCAGCCCCAUCCUAUGUGGUUUCUAUGCCAGUCCUGGGAAGUUCUGGCUCUCCCUGGACGGCUAUGAUUCCGGUUUCCUCUACCUCUGUGAGUUUUCGGACCUGCAGGACCAACCCGAGGACUUAACUAGCAGGAGGGAUGAGCCCCUAAGUGUUCUGCCUGUCGAAGAUACCACCAGUAACCCCAUCUAUAAAUUCCACUUCAGCUCCAACAAACAACUGCUGUUCUGCGGGAUGCGGGACGGCACGGUGCGGGUGUACCCUCUACAGGCCAAUGACCCGCUGCUCACGUCCAUGCACGGCUAUUGGGCCCUGGGAGUACAUGAUAACCAAUACGGCAGAGUCCAGUCCAUCAGUACCAGCUAUGACAAUCAGUACUUGGUGACCUGUGGAGGGGACAGCAACAUCUUCACGUUUAGCAUCCUCUCCAUGGAAGAAAUAGAGCGAGACCUGAAAGGGAAUAAAGCGAAAAUACCUUCCCCCCGGAAUGAUACAGAGGGAGUGAGGCCAGUGGAGGAUAUUGAGGAUCCAAACGCUUACAGCAUAGAGGACGCCAAGCAGAAGCGGCAGCAGGACCUGUUGGUGCGACAGGCGGAGGAGCAGAAGAGCCAGAAGCGCCACUUGCUGGCGGAACUGAGGAGGGAGUUUGAGCUGCUGCUGGGCAGGAAUGCGGCGCUGCCGGGACACAUGCAGCUGAGCAGGGAGGAGUUUGAAAUGGAUCAGCGGAUCCGGGAGGAGAUGGAGAGGCAGACGUCGGAGAAGAUCCGCACGGCGCUGAGAGAGCUGGCCUGGGAGCAGGAGAAGCACAGCGUGGCGCUGAGGAAGCUACAGGCUCGGUUCAGGGACAAUGUAGAGUGUGACACAGUGACAGUACGUGCCAUUAGCAGCAGGCACCAGGUCCCGACCUACAGGAUGCUGGUUCUGUCGGACAAUUACCCCCAAGGGAAGGGAACGCUGAUGAAGAGGAGGCCGACCCGACACGACCUGCGUGUGAAAGAAGGUGAAGCAGCCAAGGAACCAUGGGAUGUAGGUACAGCGGAACCAAGUGCAACCCUAGGAGAGAAGGAGCUGGAGGCCCUAAUGAAUCAGCAGAAGCAGAAGAAGCAGUGGGUGGGGCGACGCCAUGGGGGGGCACAGGCGGAAAGAAUGAGGAACAUUAUGGAAAAGGCAGAGAAGGCAAAAUCCAAAAUUGCCCAGAGGAAGCGAGAGUGGGCGGAACUCUACAGGAAGAAGCCCAGCGAGGACUAUGAGGACCCCGAGGAUGUGACGGCCAUCAAGCGCGCCAAGGAGAACAUGGGAGACUUUAACCUGAAAACCUCGGAGGAUUACACUGUGCCGGAGCAUCUGCGCAUCAAUGCAGAGAGGAAGAGGAAGGAGCUGGCAGCGCUGGAGGGCACGAUACACAAACAGAAAUCAGCCAUGAACCGGCGCAUCCUGGCCCUCAGGGACUUGAAGGAGAGCACCAUCGAGCAAAUCCAGAGCUUAGUGACCAACGUGCACCAUAUCCAGUCCAUGUUGGAUCCAUCCAAUCACCUCCCUGUCCCACCGGUACCCACAAUGCACCCCGACGAGACUCCGGAGAAGAGGUUCCAGUAUAACAACAAGACGCUGAGUAGGUUCAGGCUGGAGCAGGAGAGCAGGGCCCGCGAGCGCCAGGCAGGGGGGGCUAAUGGAUUCGGAGGUUUUGGAACACAAACCACAACUGUGGAAACAACAACAGAUUCCACCAAAUCCACUGGAUCCACCACUCACAGCUCCCAGCCUUCCCCGACUCCACCCCCCCAAAUGCCAAUGGGGGAAACGUCUAAACUGGAGGAGGAAAUCAGAAGGACAGAAGAGAUUAAGAACUUGUAUUUGCAGGAACAUCUGAUCCAAAAGAUUCACACUUUAGUGUUGGACUUUGACGCCGAGCUCCGGAUCCUGCGGCACCAGAAGAUCCAGCUGGAUGUGGAGAUGAAGAUGGCCGACCUGCGCCACAUCACCCUGUUUGAGGAGCUGCUGCUGCUGAAGGAGUUUGAGAAGCGAGAGGACACCCUGCAGGAGAGAGUCAGCGAGCGCAUCGCCGAGAAGGGAGAAAUGACGAGAAGGUUGGAAGAUUCCAUGCAGCAGCUGGACACAAAGAAGCGAGAGAUUGGCCGGUUACAGGAGAAGGAGAAGGCCAUUCACUCUGCCUUCCAGGCCUCCCUCGGGGAGAAUAAUAAACUCGCUACGUUCCUCAGCAAAGUCUUCCGCAAGAAGAUCAAACGUACCAAAAAGAAGGAGGAGCAAGCGGCCGAAGAUGAGGAAGAUGAGAGCGAAGAGGAGUCGGAUGAGGAAUCCGCGUGGGAAAGUGACGAGGAUGGGUCUGGGUCUGAGGAAGGCGUUUUUGACGACUCCGUUUGCCCAAACAACUGUGACCCUGCCCUGUUUGAGAGCACCUUGCAGCUGCGGGAGAAGCGAUUGGAUGUCGAAGAGGCUCUAACAGAAGAGAAGAAAAUUGUGGAUAAUUUAAAAAAGGAGUAUGAUUCGCUGUCCAAAAAGAUAAAAGCCCUCGAGCUGAGCCUGAGCCAAGCGGAGGCAGAACUAGAGGCUUUCCAGAGGGAGAAGCAGCGGAAACUGAACGAACUGGACGUGGUGGUCCCACUGAAAUUGCACCAGGUGGAUUAUUUAGUAAAUGGGGAGAUCCCCGGGGACCUGUCGCAGGCGCUGGUAUUUACCAACCAGUCCCUGGAGAGCUUGCAGCAGCGCAUCCGGGAGCUGCAGCAGGAGAAGGUGGAGAAGAGAGAGCUGUACAGGCAGGCACGGGAGCAGCACAAGCAGCUCAUCAGGGACAAAAAGGAGGUGGAGCGCAAAAUUAAAGUACUGGAGGAGAGGUGCAGCCAGCAGAUGCUGAGGAAGUUCGGGCGCAUAGUGGACCUGGAGGCUCUGCAGACCCUGUCAGUAAACACCACCCUGGAGGAACUGAAGAUCAAGUCGUCAGAGAGGGCCCAGAGGAUGGACGGGGAACUGGCUGAAUGGGAGGAGAAGGUGACGGAAGCCAAGCGGAACCUGAUGGAAGUGACUCGGGAGCAAACCCGGAAGCUGCAGAAGAUGAAUGAGCUCCUCACAGAAAAGAAGGUUCUGGAGUCAAAGCUUGAUGCUCUGCAGACUGCUGUGGGAGAAGAGUUCAAGGGCCCUCGCAGAGCAGAGACGAAGGAGCGACAGAAGCUGCUGCACUUGGUUCAGAUGCAGACGGAGGAGAUCAGUAACCUGAAGGAGGAGAUUUCUCUCCUGAGCAAGAAAGGGGGAAGUAUUCUGCCCCCCGCGCAGCCCCCCAUCUCCCACAGCAGGGGGACCGUUAUUUAACCGCCCUUUCCCUUUCCCUCUGCCCUUAUCAUUCUGAUUAAACCAAUGAUUGUGCUUA